UCUAGAAAUCAACAAAUCUAUUUUCUUCUUUGUUUUGUGUAUUUUUCACUAACCUUUUUGUCAAAUUCUUUUCAUAGUUUUUUUAAGAGAUUAAAAAAGUGACCUGACAGGUUUAGGCUAAUACAGUAAUAGGCGUGGAAUUAAGAUCUCAUAACUUCCUAACCAUCAAGAUGAAAAAAAGGCUGUCAUGCAUUUGUCCUGGAUGAUUUGUUUGUUCUUGACUUGGAUAACUACUGCAUAUUUACUUGCCUAAUGCCUCAGCAAACUGUCAGAUCUGUUCACCUGUACCUCGAAGAGUGUCUGGUGAAAUAGUGCUGUUUCCACAUUCAGUGCUUUUUAAAGUAUUAUGUCUAGAGUCUAAAACCAUGGAGAAACUGCAGAGUGGCUAUCUGUAUAAGUCCCCUAUGUCUGGUCCUCAGGUCAUGAAAUCAUGGAAACAGCGAUUCUUUACGCUCCUCAAGAUGAGUGAUGAUGUUCACCACCUGAAGUACUAUGAACAUGAGAAGACGGACAAACCUCUGGGCUCAAUAGACAUGUCUGAGGUGCUGCUGGUGCUGUUCUGCCCAGAGAGCCACAGCAUGUGGGGGUGGAUCCACAAGCACUUCGGCCGUCCAGCCUCCUGUGUGCUCCUCCUGAAAACAGCAGACCGAGACUAUUUCCUCAUCGGAGAUAACAGCACAGAAAUGGAUGGUUGGUGUAAAAGCCUGUUAAAGACUCUGAGACAUCAGCCAACCAGGGAGGUCCUGUCUGAGCAGAUGCCACAAGGUGCCAGGUGCAACAAGGAGGAGCUCGAUGGUCACUUGGAAAUGGCUGCAGUGGAGUUCCCUCCAGUGUCUGAAGGGGGCAGUCUACUAGCAUCAGUUGCAAAGGCCCUGCAGGAGCUGGACAGUCCAGACCGAUCACAAUCACAGGCAAACAAUGAGACGGACAAUCCAAGUUUUGUGUUUUUGUGUCUUUGCAAAACCAGUGAGCUUCUGACCCCAGUAGAAGUGGACGUCCGUGUAAGUAAGGACAAUUUGAAGAGACAUCUAAGUCUCACGGAAGAGGAAAAGGCAUGCUGCAAUGAGACAGCUGACAUACUGCUGAUGGGAGAUGAGAUCCUCGCCAUCAAUGACAUAAAUGUUGACAAUACGCAAGACGUGGAAAAGUAUCUCUGCAAACUACAGAAGAAUGAGGUGAAAGUGACUGUGCGGAGGCUCUCUCAAAACACAGAGGACAUAAUCUCUUACCACUGAAAUAACCAUGACAACUUCUAUUUGCAUGUUCAUUGGAUCAGUCAGCCCUUUUAUAGGCAUUUCUGCACUGCAAAAACACUUUCCACUGCUUCAGUGCCUCGUUAUUCCAACAUUAGUUCUAUGGGCAAGUGCUCUAAACAUUACAGUUUCAAUUUACACAGUUGCGUGCUUCUGCCACCACUUUGCUUUUGAAAGCUUUGAAGUCUAUCAAGGAUUUGAUGGAUGUUGGAGGGUGGCAGUAUUAGUGCGCUAUAAUGUGCUGUCGCUGUGCUCUUGAUUGCUCAGUAUUCCUACAUGGACUAUUUUCCUCAAAGCUUAAGUUUCUAUAUGUAAUGCGUCAGACUGAAAAGACACAGGUUGUUAAUGUACUCACUUCUUAAUGCUUUUGCACAACUUCAAGGGCUGCUGCCUCUUCUACUGCAACAUAUUAAAUAAAUCAAAGAGCACUUGAAGUGGUUCUGCAUUGGCUUCUACAA